GGGGGGGGACCCGCCCAAGUUUGGGUAUAAGUCGGUUGCACCUCGAAAGCUCGUUCUUCAUUGAAUCCAUCAAACGAAUGUAACAACAUGGGACACUUAGAGAGGGUAACGAAAGUUGCAGUAACGCAAGCAGAGCCGGAAUGGUUGGACCUUGAGAAAGCUGUAGAGAAAACCUGUCGGCUUAUAGUGGAAGCAGCUACGAAUGGAGCAAAGCUCAUUACUUUCCCCGAAUGCUGGAUACCUGGGUACCCAGCUUGGAUCUGGACCCGCCCUGUUGAUUUCGAGUUGUCUACAGUAUACAUUAAAAACUCGUUGAAAAUCGACUCUCCUCAGAUGGCACGAAUUUGUGCAUGUGCAGCUAAAAACAACAUCACUGUGUCAAUUGGAUUCUCAGAAAAUGACAACAACUCUCUCUAUAUUUCUCAGGCAAUUAUAAGGAAUGACGGCGAUAUUAUAAUGACAAGAAGAAAACUAAAGCCUACUCAUAUGGAGAGGACCACAUUUGGAGAGGCAUCUGGAAAUUGCCUGAAGAAUGUAGCAGAAGUUCCAGGUAUUGGUAGGAUUGGUGCUUUGGCAUGCUGGGAGCAUGCUCAACCACUAUUGAAGUACAAUACAAUACUUCAGAAAGAAGAUCUUCAUGUGGCUGCUUGGCCACCCGUUUUUGAGCAUGACGGGGGUCUGGGACUUUGGUCAAUGUCUAAGGAGGGCACCCAGAAUUUAUCACAAACAUACGCAAUCGAAUCUCAAGCAUUCGUUCUUCACACAACAGCUGUUUUGACUCAAAAGGGCAUUGAUAGAAUGAACACGAGCGCCGGCGCUUUAAUGAACACCUCUGGGGGAGGAAGUUCAGCAAUCUUUGGUCCCGACGGUCGAAAGCUUUCUACGGACAUUCCAGAGGCUACAGAGGGUAUAAUUUAUGCGGACUUACAUCUAGAUGACAUACUUAAGUGCAAAACGUUCAUAGAUGUCGGUGGCCAUUACAGUCGCCCUGAUAUGCUGUGGCUUGGCGUCGAUGAUAGAGAAAAGAAACAUUCUCGGAAUCAGGAAGAUUGAAUUGAGACUAUUUGCAAAGAAUGUGGAGAGUAUGUUCUUCAAGUGGAAUCUUUUUAUGAGAUUAUUGAGCGUGUCUAGUUGUACUAGCGAGUAUAAUGGCUUUUCAAUAUCUGUUGAUAUUACCUCGGUGGUGAUUACGACGUCUUGGUGAUAGGCACAUGGUUUAAUGUAUUGUAUUGCAUCUUCUAUCUAUUCAAGGUUUGGAGCUACGAGAGCUAUAUGCAAUACGCUCGUCCGCUAGCGCGCCAGUGCACUCACUUGUACAUAUUGACGCAUGUCGCA